GGGAAUAGGAAUACGUCUCUUCUAUUAACUUUCAUCUCUUUCUUUUUAUGUUUCUGUGUUCAUAGUGGGUGGGGUUUGUCCGUGACCUUCAUUGACCCCACUUGACCUUCAGUUUUGACAGUGACAUUUGAUGUAUUAGCGAGGUUAUUUGUUUAUCUGAUAAAUUAGUCAACAAAGCAAAGAUGUCUGGUGGUGUUGGAGUGAAUAUUUGCGAAGUCACUGAUGAAGUUCAAAAAGCGCUCAAGGAAUUUAGGUUUCGCAAAGCCCAGGACACAGCUGUUUUGAUUUUGAAAGUCGACAGGGAAAAACAACAAAUUAUAAUAGACGAAAAACUUGAUAAUAUUUCAAUUGAUGAACUGCAAGACAUUGUACCAAGUCAUCAACCUCGGUACAUUGUGUUAUCAUAUCGCUUGGAGCAUAAAGAUGGUAGGGUAUCCUAUCCCCUAAUCUUUAUCUACUUCACACCACGAGAUAGUCAUGCUGAGCUUCAAAUGAUGUAUGCUGGGUCAAAAAUAGCUCUUCAACAAAAAGCUGAAGUCAACAGAACUUUCGAAAUCAGGGAACUAGAGGACCUUACUGAGGAAUGGUUGUUGAGUAAGCUUGGUAACUGAGAAGUGAUCAAAAUGGUGGUAACAUUACCAAUGAUGUUUGACUCUGACAUCUAUAUGUAUACAUUAGUUGAAACAUAGCCAUUUUUAUAUAUUUUGAUCGAUUCAUGCAACGAUAGGAGUACACUAUCCAAAAUUAUCAAGUGCAAUUUAGACAAAAUUGAAGGCACAAGUGGAUAAAGGCGUCAUGUAACAUUUUUUCAAAAUUCAAAUUUUUACGUCAAACUAACCUUAAGGAGUGAUUAUUUAAUUAUGUAAUUACUUUGUAGCAAAAACAAGAUAAUAACAAACUAAUUAAACUAAAUAUAUAAAAUUUCAGUAAAGUAAAAAGUACCAAUAAAAAAUGUUUUUAGGCAAUUUUCUCCAUACAAUGAUUUUGUUACAUGACACCUUUAUCAACUUCUGUCUUCAAUUGUUUAAUCCACAAGAUGCAUAUACAUAAUUAGACUGACAUAAAUUCGUCUUCACACAAAAUGUCCACUGAGAAUUUUCUUUAACGAAAGGUCUGAAAAAAUGAUUAUCGAUUUCUUUUAUUUGAUCAAAAACGAAUAACUGAAUUGUAUCUUACGCUGAGUGAAGUACCAUUGUUACAUGAUGGCAUUAAAUAGCUUUGAACUCAAGAAAUAUUACUCAACCAAUAAAACAAGUGCUAAAUUUGAGAUUUAAAGUUCAUAUUCAGUUUACAAACCAAAUACUAGAGUUUACAAGACAAGCAUUUGUAUUUUUUGUAAAUGUGCAUUUUUCACAUUCUAGCAUGCUAUAUUUUGCUACUGUUUUUGCAUUUUUGAUAACAUUCCAUUUCUAUUUUAGAAAGGUCGACAGUGACCUCUUGCAUUUUGUAUGAUUAAAAUUAUUCCAUAUGAUGAGUUUCAGAAGCUUCAAUUAAACAUGCGUUAGGAAUUCAAGAUAUUGUAAUAUCACAUGUUGUUCUGCACUGUGAAAUUGUGAUGCAAUUUUUUCAAUUUCACAUUUGGUACCUGUAUCAAAAGAUUAUAUUUUUUACUGAUUGUAUGUAUUCAAGAGCUAUUUCAAAUUACCUUAUUUCUUGAAUUGUAUUUGAUAUUCCAAAGCAAGGCCAAAAGUAAUAAGUUUUGUAGCUUAGGACGAAAUAUGAUGAAACUUCUAUAUUUUUUAGCAUAUAUAUUGCAGCACCUGUCAGAUGCAUUCAUUUUGUCUCAGUAGUACUAUCAAUAAGCAUAGUUAUUAUUUCUGAUUUUUUAUACAGGAAUCUCUGUAAUGUUUUCAGUUUAUUUUUUUGAUAUAUUUUGCAAUUAUUUUUUCUCGUCCUGGUCUCUUAUUAUAAAGUCUGAUUUUCAUUUUUCAUUUAGUUUUAAUCAGACAGGUGUUGUUUGAGCUUAUAACUGGUCUAUUUUUAUGUAUACACAAAACAAAUUAUUUUACAUUUACUAUACCUGAAUUAGGGUAACUAGACAUGUAAGGCGAUAAAUUUUAUACUUUAUAUUUACACCUUUUUGAAAAUAAACAGCAAAGUAAAACAU